AUGCAGCGGUUUGCAAGAGCUGCCUAUUUUAUGGGCACUAUUUUUAUCAUUAUCCUGGGCAUUGCAUUGUGUUCGCUUGCUAUGAAUUACCUGGUCAAUACCUCACCAGAACUGAUGGCAAACCUACUGCCUAAAGACGUUUUGUAUAUUACUAUGGCUCUUGGAUUCAUACAUCUUGGAGUCGGCGCAAUCGGAUGCGGUGCUGGGUAUCGUCAGACACGGCCAUUCAUUGUUAUAUUCUCGAUGAUGCUUCUAAUUGCUGCUGCAGUACAUGUCACUAUAUCUUUUGUUGCUCAGCACCAUGCCAAUAAUGCGGAGAAUGAUGUUACCCAGAUAUGGAAUAAAGGAUCGCAGGAAUCUAGAGCAUUGCUCGAGUCUCAGCUUCAUUGCUGUGGAUUCACUCAAACCGAUAUUGGUGCUCCGCUCUCUUCCUCUCCUGGAACUCCUCCAUGCAAUCAAUCCACCACGUCGAUCUGUCUGCCUCUGAUGAUUACCUUUUGGGAAGAUGCCAUGGUCACGGCUGGUGCAUUCAUGCUGAGCUCGCUGGUCAUUCCUGGUAUAGCUUUCAUCACUGCUCUUUUCUUUUGGUGGAACUGUGCUCACAGCGAGAAAACAAGACAGCCGAUUGUAUAUCAACGCGAUGAAGCAUCGACUUAUGUUGAUGAAAGCUAUCCUCAAGAGCGACUGUUACAGCCCAAAGAUAGCUAA